UUUUUUUUAGUCCGUACAACCAACCGGUGCUCUUAGAUCAUCUUGGCAUCUCGCUCCUCCCACCUCAAAAGAAAGUCUCAGAAGAAGAAGAAACAAAAACUCUUCCUCCUACUCGAUCAACAAUUACUCUCCCUUGCACUCCGAGCUCAUGAAACUCCCAUCUCUCCAUCAAUGAUGGGAGUAUCCUCUAAUAUGAGCAUCGAAAGAAGAAUCCUCGAUCCACUUCUUGGAUCUCCGCCGAACUCCGGAACAAGCUGCAGUUUCUCGGUUUGACAUGUUCAAGCGGCAAUGGCGAAGGCCGAUCUCCUCGGAUCUUGCCGGAAGCGCUGGCCGACGGUCGGCUCGACUACGAUGAUCCCAUGGCAUGGGCCGGGUGCUCCUCCAUGGAACGGCCGCACGGCGCUAAUGAUCGGGCAUCGGAACUGGUGUACGGAACUGCGGUCACGUUCGACAUCAAAUUUGGUCCGAUGCGAGCUGCGAAUCGCUUCGAUGAUCGAGGGUUUCUCUCAUUUGUCACCUCGGAAUGACGAGUUCUGAGUCCACAUGUUCUUGGUGGUUGCCUUCAGUUUCAUCCUUGUAAGUUGGAAUCUUCACUUAUAUUGGAUUGCAGAAAAGGUUAAAAAUGGGUGUGGCUAUUUCAUUGUUUUCAGAGACAAGUUGAUGAGCAUCCUAAUCAACGGAAUAAGUUCUUCGAGUUGAUUAUUUGGUUUACAGACCUAGCUGGGAAUUAUGUCAGGUGGGGAGACUUCCACUGUUAGCAAGCAUGGAAACCCAGCUCAGUUCCAUGAUUGCAAGCAUCCUCAUGGACAAAGAGGAACAGGAGAUAGUGGCAGUCCCUCUUUAUUAAGUGCAGUACAAACAAAUCAGCUAUUGCAGCAGAAGGAUAUGUUGGCAGCCAAUCAUGGUCUUGCUGAUAAUGUUGUGGCUGCACUGGAAACUGGAUCACAGGCUGAUGUUCAAUGGAGCACUUGGGGACUUCCUCCUCGGUACCCUUCAAUUGCAAGAAACAUAUCAGAAGCUACCUACGAGGGAGGGAAUUAUAACAAACAGGAAUACAUGAAUAUCCUUGAGUUACCUAUUGGAUCAGGUGGGACUGGAUCUGGCUCACAUGAUGCUUCGGUUUUGCAUGAACAUCCUUCUGAGUGGAGCAUUGAAUCAAUGCCUAACUCGGAAGGUUCAAUGAUCUUUAGACCAAAGGGUAGUCAUCCUUAUCCCAGUCAAGGAUUUGAAGACACCAGGAACAAUCCAUCUGCAACAAGUCCACCAAAUAACGAAGAGUUACUGAAGCAAAACAAUUAUGGAGAGCCAAGCAAAUAUUUGUUUGCUGCUGUAACUCCAACAACCGAAUUCACUAAGAAAGUAAUGCAUGAGACAGGAGGUUUUGGAAAGAAGCAACACACCAGAGGUCCAGGACCAGACAGGACUUGUUUGAUUCCACAUGUUAUUACCAUUAGGACUAAUGAGGAUAUAUAUUCAAAGAUAAUUUCUUUCUGCCAAAAAAGUGGGUCAUAUGCAGUUUGCAUUCUUUCAGCAAAUGGCACUGUUUCUAGGGUCACACUUUUGAAGCCAGCAGCAUCUCUUGGAACAAUAACAUAUGAGGGCCAAUUUGAUAUUGUGAAACUGUCUGGUUCAUUCAUGCCAUUGGAGAGUUGCAAUCAAAGUAGACAUAGUGGUGAACUUCGAGUUAUGCUGGCUCGUGCAGAUGGACAUGUUUUCGGUGGUGGCUUGGCAGGACCUAUGAUGGCUGCAUCCUCGGUCCUGAUUGUAUUGGGUAGGUUUCUACCAAAUGGAGGAAAUGUGGCAAUGCUGGCCAACAAUCUAUUUAUGGUGUGAUGCCAAGUGACUCGACAAGAACUCUUUAUGAAUCAAUGACAUUUCAGGGAAACGAUAUGGCUUCCAUCUCCCUUCAGGUUUUCUCCCACUUAUCAAGUGUACCGGGGAAGAUGAAGAACCUAUUUGCUUCCUAUCUUAUCUUUUGUUGGCUGUUAAUGAUCGAAUUCCUGUGAACUUUGCCAAUGAAAUCUGUCUCCGAUUUGCAAAAUUGAUCUGACUGCAUGAGAAAAACAUUGAGAAGACUAAUUUCUUUAUUUUAGCCAUCUUGCUGAAAAUAUAAUCGCAAUCAUUUAUUCA